AUGGCGUUCGAUGAAAAAAAUGCAAUAGCUCCUGUGAUUAUAGAAGAAUUAGAUGAAAAUGCCUUAAAUAACAUGAAUGUUGAUAUGACAGAAUUUAUUGAAGCAAAAGCUUUAGAAAUAGAAGAUGUGCCACAAAAUGUUAUAUCAGAUGUUUUUUCGAGACAAAGUACUUCUGCUAUGGAUAUUACCACAGAAGAAGAAGAUCAUGAUUUAUUAAUAACUGCAGAUGAAGAGGAUCAAUUAACAAAGCAGUUUUUAAAUGGAGAGUUGACAUUCUCUGAAUAUUCUUCUAGAAUGGAUCAAGAUGUAGAUUUAGAAACUGCAGAAUUUGAUUUUUCUAGAAAUGAUUUUGAAAAUGAAGAAGUAGAAACAAAUAAAACAAUUCAAUCUAAAGCAUCAAAGCCACAAAGUGGAGGACAAAUACGUCAUAGACGGAAAAGAAGGACACUUCCACCUGUUCUGCAAGGUCUUAUGGGUGAAGCAAAUUUAAGAUAUGCUAGAGGAGAUACAGAAUUAGCUGCUCAGAUAUGUAUGGAAAUAAUCAGAUGUUUCUAUAGACAAGUACCAAGUGCUCCAGAACCAUUUCAUACAUUAGCAAUGAUAUAUGAAACAGAUCAACCAGAAAAGUCAUUACAGUUUGCUUUGAUAGCAGCGCAUCUUAGUCCAAAAGAUGCAGAUCAGUGGGUGAGAUUGGCUAAUAUGUCUCUUGAAGGUGGAGACAUAAAACAAGCUAUAACAUGUUAUAAUAAAGCAAUUCAGGCAAACCCAAAAGAUGUAACUUUAUAUGAAACAAGAGCUCAACUUUUGGAUCGUAAUGGAGAUAAAAGAGCUUAUUUAAAAGGAUUUUUGAAGUUAGUUCAUCAAUUAGAACCUGAAGAUGGUCAAAACAUAAUUAAGUAUGCUAAAAUGUUAGCUAAACGAUACAUGGAAGAGAACAAUAAUGAACAAGCAUUAGAGGCAAUGGAAAAUAUUUUUUCGAAAUGUCCUAGUUUCAUUACUCUAGAAGAAGUUAAUAUCAUGACUGAAAUAUUAAUAGCAUUAAAAAAGUUUAAAAGAAGUUUAAAUAUUUUAACCACAUACACCAGCAUUUGGGUAAAAUAUAAAACCAUUGAUGGUACUCAAGACUCUGAUUUAAUAAUAAAAAGAUUUGGAAAUGAUAAGAAAGAAGAAUUAGAAGAUAGCAAUAUAUGUGAAAUAGAAUCUUGUGGAGUGCCAGAUAAUGUUGUUGUUGACUUGAAGGCAAAAUUUCUUGUAAUACUUAUUGAAUUGAAUCAGAUUAAAUUAGCUGAGAAUUUUUUACCCGACUUCUAUUUAAAUGAAAAUCCAGAAAUUUCUGGCGAUCUCUUUUUAGAUAUAGCUGAAGCUUUAAUGGGGAAAAAAGAAUUUAAAAACGCUUUAAUGCUAUUAGAAGUAUUAGUCAAUAGUAAUAAUUAUAGUUUAGCUGCAGUAUGGUUACGACAUGCGGAAUGUUGGGUUGGUUGCAAAGACUUAAAAAGAGCAAUAAAAUCAUAUGAAAUUGUUAGACAAUUAUCAUCUCAACAUUUAGGUGCAAGAACAGCAUUAGCUAAGCUGUAUAAAUUAAAAGGUCAAUACAACAAAGCAAUAGAAGUUCUCAAUCAAGAUCCAGAGUCAGAUACUUUAGAUCCACAAGUAAUAUAUCAAAGGACAUUACUCCUUUUCAAAGUAAAAAAGUAUGAUGAAUAUUUUCAAUCUGGUAUGUUACUUUUCUCUAGACACUGCGCAAACAUAAGAAACAAAGUUGAAUUAAAUGGAAUAACUAGAGCAUAUGCAGUACGACAACGUUUGGAAACAUUGCAACUUCAUCGAUUAUCCUGUGGCGAAAAACUUGAAGAAGAAAAUGCACCAUCAUUUUUAGAUAAUACGGAAUUAAGUGAGAAGAAAGAAUUUCUCUUACUUUUGCAAAUGUGUAAAUUGGCUUGUACAUUAAGAAAGUAUGGAUUACUACAAAGAAUCUGUUCUAGUGCUUUAACAUCUAAAAGAUUUGAGAACAGGAAUUCUCAUAUUAUGUUUUUAUGCUUACUUUCUUGUAUUUACAACAAUGAUUCUUAUCAUGGAUAUAAUAUUGUACGACAAUUAAUACGCGUUUGUCAGGAACCAAAUUCUUGGAAUUUAUUAAAUAUUAUUGUGCAAAGAGCAGAAGAUUGUAGACACAAUAGAUUUAUCAUGCGGCUCCUUGGAAGGGAAGAUGUGUUUUCAUACUUGCAUAUAAUGCAUGCAAACAACUGUCUUAUCUCGGGAACAUAUAAAUAUGCUCUUAAUGAUUAUAUUUCUCUUUUCAAAGUAGUACCCAGUGCCUUAUUGGCAUUACUUAUUGGUGUAACUUUAUUACAAAUGGCAUGCCAGAAAUUUUCUUCUAAAAAAAAUCAACUUGUAAGUCAAGCUAUUGCUUUCUUGAAGAAAUAUUCUCAACUUCGUAAUGAAGAUGGUGAACAAGAAACAUACUACAAUAUGGGUCGUGCAUUUCAUCAAAUUGGUUUAUUACCAGCAGCUGUACAAUUUUAUAAAUUAGUACUUGAUAAGGACCCUGGAGAUUUAGUUAAAAAGAAUUCAUAUCUUUUAGAUUUAAGAAAAGAAGCUGCCUUUAAUCUACACCUUAUUUAUCUACAGUCUGAAAACUAUUUAUUAGCAAGAAUGUAUCUUGAAAAUUAUAUUACGAUUUAAUUUAAGAAAGUUAUUUACGAUGUAUGAUUAUUACUGUAUAUGAUUUAUAAACUUAUGUUACGUUGUAAAUAAAGAUGUAAAUAUUUUUUAUAGAAAUUAAACGAUUUUUAUAAAUGAACUA